AUGUCAGCGAGUGCCGACCCCGCGGGGAAGGGGACAGCCGAAAGUUGCCGGGUGAGUGCUCGUCCGCCUUAUGUAAGCCGAUGUAACGGUCAAUUCAUUUUUCCCCCGCAAAACUUCUGGGAAAUCCCGCUUACCACAUCGGUGCUUCCUCCACAUUUUCUCCAUAUUCUUCCCCUCUCAUCUCUUGGUCCUUUUUCUGCCCUAUAUCAUUUUGGUGGUAAUGGGUCCUCGACUCCCUCGGCACCCCCUGUUUCUGUCACUUCCGAAACUCUCGCGAUGUCCAUGCUAGUCCGCCCUCAGAAGCGAAAACUCACCGAGACCCUUGACGAUGGACCUCGGAAACACAGCGCCCUCAAUCCAUCCACCCCCUCUCUCUCACGACCCCCGUCUCGCCGAUUGAGCGAGAACCGAGAAGUAUCUCGGGAUUCAUCGUCGCGCCCACCCUCGCUUAGAGAUUUGCACUCAAACCGCGGAUCCCCCGUGCUGUUCGAAAAUGGUCAUCUCCAGACACCCCGGACAUUCAGCCCGAAGGCUUCAAUCGUCUUGAUUGGGAUCCGGGGCACUGGUAAAUCCAGCCUGGCAGUCAUUCUAGCCGCAACAUCCGGCCGGCGCUUGAUUGAUGCAGACCGCUAUUUUCAUCAGAGUGUCGGAUGUCCCCGUGCGGUGUUCAAAAAAGAAAAUGAUGGGCUCGUAUAUCGCCAACAGGAAGCGCGGGUGUUUGAAUCAAUGCUGGGAGACAACCAAGAGGGCUGCGUGAUUGCUUGUGGAGCUGGCUCAAUGGAGAGGAACGGCCAAAGGCUUCUCAGAGAAUACGCGCAGACUCAUCCCGUCAUUCAUGUGAUUCGAGAUCCAGAGAGUAUACAAUUGUAUUUGAAAGCCUGGGAUACCCAGAAAGUCCGCCACUUCUUGGAUUUGUCCGGUCCGAUAUACCGCGGGUGUUCCAACCUGGAAUUUUUCAACUUAUCGGAGGCCCGGAGUGACUUAUCCACCGACGGUGAUGAAUCGCCGGCAGUCAGAACGGAGCCCAGAUCGCAUACUCCGAUACCAUUCCUCACACUCAAACGAGUUCAGCGAGAUUUUCUCCGAUUCAUUGCUUUUAUCACCGGUGACAUUGCCGAACUCAAUAGCCAACAUGCAUCCUUCCCUUUAUCGCUAUUGCCGGUGGAAUCUCGAACCUAUACAACCGCAGUCUCAGUACCGUUCUCCAGGGUGUGCGAGAAAGGCAUUGACAUCGAGGAGCUAGAAUUUAGCGCCGAUGCCUUUGAGCUAGCCAUCGAUGUGACGGAUUCUUCUGGGCAGCCAAACCUUGACUCGAGUCUCGCAGACAGCAUCAGUCAGGCGAUUGCAACUAUUCGCCGCAAUAUAAUUGUGCCAUUGAUCUACCAUGUGGAAAGCUACCCUACUGUCGGUUCUCUUUCCCCCAGCCAACCUCCCACACGCAGCUCGGAUGAGAUUUACUUGAACCUCGUCCGGCAUGGGCUGCGGUUGUCUACGGGGUUUUUGACCGUGGAUCUCUCUCGUGAUGAUCAUGUGCUUUCCCAAAUCAUUGCUGCCAGCGGACGAACAAGAAUCAUUGGCCACUUUGAAGCCUUCCAACCGCUGCCUGGUGGCUGGGAUGGGGAUGGCUACAUGAAAGUCUACGAAAGGGCCCGACGACUAGGUUGCGAUAUUGUCAGACUUUGCCAACCAGCUGAGACACCGGAAGACAAUAUUGCGGUGCAAAGGUUCCGCCAUCGGGUUCAUAGUCUGCCUGUCACCCCCCUCUCACUAAUUGCUUACAAUACCGGACCACUGGGGCGCAUGUCUCGCUGCUUCAACCCGGUCCUCUCCCCAGUCACACAUCCUUCACUGGUGACGGAGAGCCGUACCCACUUACGAUCAUGGGUCACAGCGCGUGAGGUUCAGCAGUCCCUUUACAGUGCCUUCGCCUUGGAUCCCAUGCAAUUCUUCGUCUUUGGUGCCAAUACCACCUAUAGUAUGUCUCCGGCAAUGCACAACACUGCCUUCAAGAUAUGCGGCUUACCACACAACUAUUCCAUCCACCAAUCACCCACUUUACGGGGCCUCAACGAUCUGGUGGAGAACCAAUACUUUGGCGGAUCCAGUGUCAGUCUGCCAUAUAAGACCGAAUGCAUCCCUCUACUCCACUCAAUGUCUACACACGCUCGCGCCAUUGGCGCAAUCAACACCCUCAUCCCCAUUCGCAACGUCCAGGACCUUGACAAUGUCCGCCUGCAGGAGUCCUCCGUCUUCCUUGAAAAGUGUCGUGCGGGCCCUAUCAAGGGCCUACACGGUGACAACACCGAUUGGAUCGGAAUCUGCAAUUGCAUCCGCCGGGGUCUCUCCCCCGCGAACGCAGUCCGCUCAUCCACAACCGGCCUCGUGAUUGGCUCUGGUGGAAUGGCCCGCGCUGCAAUUUACUCCAUGAUCCAUCUCGGCGUCCAGCAUAUCUUCGUUUACAAUCGCACAGUGGCCAAUGCGGAGAGGCUGGCCCACCACUACAACCGACAAGACCUUCACUCCAAGGAGGCCAGCGGGUCUGGCCGUCCUACCGUUCAUAUUCUGGAGUCUCUGUCAGAUCCCUGGCCUGCUGACUUCAAGCAACCUACCAUCGUCGUCUCGGGUAUCCCUGCCCACAGUAUCGGCGGCGAGCCUGCACCAAACUUCCAAAUGCCCACCCAGUGGCUGGAAAGCCCUACAGGUGGUGUUGUAGUCGAGUUGGCAUACAAACCUCUCAACACCCCUCUCAUGAAACAAACCAGAUCUCUUUCCCAUCGCGGCUGGGUAGCCCUGGACGGUCUCGACGUCCUCCCGGAACAAGGAUUCGCGCAGUUUGAAUUGUUCACUGGCCGCCGCGCCCCACGCCGUGUUAUGCGUAGUAUCGUGCUCCAAGAGUACAAAGACGACGAAGGCAAUGAUGAUCAUGACGCGAUCCAAGAUCGAUUGCAGCAGAUGGACGGUCAGCCUUCUUGA